ACAGCCUAGGGCGCGGAAGGAUAGCCAGCAAUAGCCUUGAUAAAUAGAUGUUGACGCAAAUUGGAUAUCGUUUGAAGUCCACUUAAUGCAACAGGAACGGGCUGCUUAAUACAACUUGUAAACGGUACUUCUACCGUCCUUUGUGGACUUGGGUGUUUGACACUACACCUGCCAACGGCCCCUGUACUGUGGAGGAGAACGCCCUCCUCCACUCACUGUGUCAGACCACAGAGAUAUCGCCUCUUCAAGAGCUCCACCCACGCGUGUCAGAAGGAUUAACGCUGGGGCUUUUUUUUUCGCCUAACACUUUUGCAAAGUAUAAUAACUAGGUGCUCCUCAAUACAAUUCAAUACGAACACAUUGAUUAUUGAAAUGUAAGCGCACAUUCCUUCGUCAUUCGCCGCUGUAGUUUAAAUUGAGUCAACUAAUGUGUUCCGUUGGAUUGUUGUCACGUCGCGGCGCUGAAACUUUAGAAGACCUUUUAAAUUAUAUUUUUAAGUUUAAACCCGGUGGAGGAUUGUGUUUCGAUUUGAAUGGUAAUGAAGAGCAAGAAUUAAGCCGUUUUUAACAGCGUUCAGCAGAGACGCAUUCGUGAAAAUAAGAGUUGCCUGUCCUGUGUGGGAUGCUACUGGACUGGUGGCAGGUCGAGGCUGAAGGAGCAUGGUGAAACACCAACCCUUGCAGGUCUAUGAGAAGCAGGUGUUUGUGUCUUUUGUGACCGGAAUCUACGGUUGCCGCUGGAAACGCUACCAACGCUCCCACGAUGACAGCUCUAAGGUUGCUGUACAACCGCUCCGGAGAGUGGCGAGAUGACACGUUUCUCAUCCUGGCCUACAGUGUUGUUGGGUUCAGCUACGUCUCUAUCCUAACGAUUCUAGCAUGCUUCCAUAUUUCCUUGGGCCAGCAGCUCAACCUCUACUGGGUGCAUAAGGUGGGCGUUCUAGUCACGCUGCUCACCACCAUCUCAGGGGUGGUUACCGUGGACGAUGUGUGGGGCGAGGAGUGGGCCAUCUUGCUCAUAUCUCUGCAGUCCACAGCACCUUUCCUGCACCUUGGAGCCCUGGCCGUGUUCACGGCGCUGGGCUGGCUGGUGGCGGGAUACGUGGUCCGCAGGGAGAGGUCCAACUUCCAGGUGAUGGUGCUGCUGAUCUACGUGGUGCUCCUCCUGCUGAUCUACCUGGCUCCGCUCACCUUCAGGUGCCCCUGCGUCAUGAACAGCCACAGCCUGGCCCCGCGGCCCGAGAUCAUCGGCCGACGGGGCGCUCCCAUGCUGGCUCCAGAGAACACCAUGGUGUCCUUCAACAGAGCCCUGCAGCAGGGGGUGAGCUCCCUGCAAGCGGACGUCACCAUCAGUGAGGACGGCGUGCCCUUCCUGAUGCGGGACGACACCCUGCGGAGAACAACGGACGUGGGCAAGGUGUUCCCGUCCCGGCAGCACGACGACGCCUCCUCCUUCAACUGGACCGACCUCCGUGCUCUGAACGCAGGACAGUGGUUCCUGGAGAGCGACCCCUACUGGACGGCGGACUCCCUGUCAGCCAAGGAGCGCGGCCGCGCGGGGAACCAGACGGUGUGCCCCCUGGUGGAGAUGCUGCGCCUGGCGGCCCGCGCCAACCGCUCGGCCCUGCUCAACGUGCGCCGCCCGCCCCCCCAGCACCCGCGCCACCGCAGCUGGUUCAUGGACACCCUCUGGGUCAUCCAGCGCUCCGGCAUCCCCCAGAAGAGGGUGACGUGGACCCCCGACACGGACCGGGGGCGCGUGCGGGGGCUGCAGCAGGCCGCGGACGAGAUGCUGUCGCUGGAGGAGAUGAGGCAGAGGGGAGUCAGCAGUCUGACGCUGCACUACAGCAAGGCCAGCCACAGAGAGCUGCAGGAGUACCUGGCCAACAACGUGAGUGUGACGGUGUACCCGGUGAACGAGGCCUGGCUCUACUCCCUCCUGUGGUGCAGCGGGGUGCCUUCUGUCUCCUCCGACGCCCCCCAGGACCUCCGCAAGGUGCCUUACCCCAUCUGGCUCAUGAGCCAGAGUGCUUACUGCUUUAUCUGGAUCACGUCGGAUCUGGUGUCCAUCGCCGUCGUGCUGGUGAUUUUCUCCUUCCAAAACUAUCAUAUGAUCAGAUGGAAGAUGAGUGGCAUGCAGAACUACAACCCGGAGCACAUCAUGCUGAGCGCCGUGACGCGCCGGGCCAGUCGAGACGUCAACGUCAUGAAGGAGAAGCUCAUCUUCUCAGAACUCAACAAUGGGCUGAAUAGCACGGAGGAUCUGUCCCUCAACCUGGAGAAUGGCUAUGCUAGCUACUCAUGUGGUGGCCACUGAAUAUAUCAAACCAGAGGAAGAAAUGCUACUUUCAUGGCAUUGUAUUAAGGUUACUUGAAUAGGAUUUAACUGAUACCUUGUCUGUUUAGAGAUUUCUAACUGCCCAAAACCUGGCUUUGUACCAGGUUAUGCUGUCUUGACUGGCUUGUGUACAUUGUAAUGGCGACUUUAAAUGUAAGCUCAGUUAUAAGGACUGUAAUUACUUCUGUUAUUUAAUGCGAUCCUUCACGCUUUUCAUAUCGAGUAUUGCUACAAGCUGUACAGUUCAUGGUUCAAUAACAGUAAAUAGGUCAUGUAUGUUGAUUCUUAGAGACUUUAAAUGGAUUGAGCUAGUCACACUCUGCUUUGCAGUUCUACAUAAGUUUAGGUAGGAGGUUAGAGAGAAAUUUUACAAUAGGGUUUACCAGUAGAGUAAUCAACGAAAAACCUAUAAAUUUGUGCUCGCUUGAGUGACCCUUACAGAUGCUCUAUAUCAGUAUUGGUUCGCUAUAUUUUCCCAUGUCACCUAUUUUGCUAUUGUUUUUAUAACAGAAUGAAGGCAUUGCAUAUCGCUCCGUAUUUCAAAUCAAUGUAAAUAUUCCUGUGUAUUUUUAAUGUUUCCCUCUAAGAGGAUUUUCAUGGCUUGGAUUUAUGCAUUUAUGCUAACUUUGUUGACACAUUUUGAUGUGAAUGUCGAAGAUAGUGAUGGCGGUAUUAUUUGAUCAAUCCAUAGCCAUGACAUUUCAGUUAUAAAUGUUGGCCUCUGUUCUCUUAUGCCAUGACCAGUUCAUAUAGUGAAUGUUACAUAUUUUAACUUUCACAAGGCUGCCUUCUUAAAUGAAUUCUUAGGAUGUUGUAAAAGUUUGUAUUUUAGUCCAAUAAAAGAGGUACUGUAUUUAUAUAUAUAUUUUAUGUUGUUAAACUGGAAAACUAAUAAUUAAAAGUGUUUUUGUGUAAGUAAA